AUGGGUCCCGACCACGGCGUCCUUGGUGCGACAUUCAAAGCCACUCGAGCUCUUCAGAUGGCAUCGAUGAUCGCAGUCAUUGGAAUUACGGCCAAUUUCAUUUCUGAGAUGGUCAAUGCUGGUGCAACACCACCAUCUGUCCUCGUCGCCAUUCUGAGCAUUGUCUGCAUCGCCGUGCUGUACUGUGCCAUCACCGUCAUUCUUUACUUCGACAACAUCCUUCCUUUCCUGAUCAGCACUGGCGUCGACUCUCUUUUUCUGAUUGCCCUGAUUGUCGUUUCAGUUGUCGUGGGAAAGCCACUGUCAUACCUUAACUGUGUGAUUUUGGACGAAAUAUCUAAUGCCACUUCAAGUGCAUACGACUUUACUUCGGCACUCGGCAACAGUCUCAACAAGGGUGGUAAAGUCAAUUACUCCCAAUGGAUUGGUACUUCCAAGGCAACGUGCUUGGAAAUGAAGUCCAUUUGGGGCCUGAGCAUUGCACUCUGUAUCCUAUUCACUUUCUCGGCGGUGAGCACCAUCUGUCUUUGGAAGAGAACCAAGAGCCCUGUCGCCGACAAGAGCGAAGCUUGA